CGCUGCUGGGGCUGCGCGGCAGGCAAGGGGGGGUCAUCUGGCCUGAAACACCCUUGCAUUCACAUCGCAUCAGCACUCAGCAGGCCCAGGACCACAAGCACCGGCAGGAGACGAGCAAGCAUCAGCAACUUGCAAGGAGACACACACCCAGACCCAGGCAGCCGGCGAAGAAAGGGGGGAAGCAGAAGAAGAGAGGACGAGACGGCCCAGGGGAGGGUUCCGCUUCGGCCCCUCUCUUCAUUUCUCUAUACUUAUACAAAAUCUUCUCCCGGUCCUGAACGGUUACAGCAGAUCGAAGCACCGACAGCUUUGAGACAGCCGUCGUCUUUCGUUUAUUGUUUCCCUUGACCUGCUCUGGUCUGGUCUUUUUCUAUUUUUUUUUUUUUUAUUUUUUUUCUAUUUCUCUUCUUCUUCUGCCGGUUCUUCCGCAGCGUCUUCUUGUUGGCGUCGGUUCUCGGCCAUCAAGGGACUGCUGCUUCUACUACGACUACUACAUCAUGUCACAGACGUCGACGUCGACGUGGGAACGAACCAAGGGCUACUCCAAGCGCGGCUUCGACAAAGCAUGGCACCAGCUGGACAGGAUUGGACGGCCGGUCAACCGUCUAUCCAACAGACUUGGCGCAGAGGCCUUUUGGCCGACGACGCUCGACCAGGAGAGCGAGAAGGCCGCGCGCAUUCUCCGCAGCUUCUGCAAGGACGGCUUCUACGGCCAGCUCGAGGCGGACAGGGACGGCGGCAGCCAUGGCAGCAAUACCAGCAGCCCGCAGACGAAGCCCGCAGAGGCUCGCGCCUCGCCCCAGCGUAGCCGGUUCUCAUGGAGAUUCAGCUUGCAGCCACUACAGUCGCCAAAGUCGCCUCAGCAGCAGCAGCAACAUCAACAACAACUGCAGCCUCCUCCGUUGACGCCGCCUCCACAGCAGGGUGAGCAGGGGCCUCGCGGUAAGCAGCAACGGGCGAUUAAGAAGAUACCUGCUUCUGUUAUCCGACAGGCCAAGGGAUUGGCCAUCUUCACCACCAUGCGAACCGGCCUGUGGGUCAGCGGCGCUGGUGGCAGUGGAGUCCUCGUUGCUCGCCUGGCAGAGACGGGAGAAUGGAGUCCGCCAUCAGGAAUCAUGCUACAUACCGCCAGCCUGGGCUUCCUCGUGGGAGUCGACAUAUACGACUGCGUGGUGGUCAUAAACACCUACGAGGCCCUCGAUGCCUUCAAGUCGCUCAGAUGCACCCUCGGCGGCUCGCUAAGCGCCGUGGCCGGUCCAGUCGGCGUGGGAGGCGUGCUAGACUCGGAAGUGCACAAGCGACAGGCUCCCAUCUGGUCCUAUCUCAAGAGCAGAGGCCUCUACGCCGGCGUCCAGGUCGAUGGAACCAUUGUUAUCGAACGGACGGACGAGAACGAGCGCUUCUACGGCCAGAAAAUCAGCGCUUCCGAGAUCCUCUCGGGCAAGGCCAAGCAUCCUCCUUUAUCUAUCUCUACCUUGAUCCAGACCCUCAAGGCGGCCCAGGGUGACCAGGAUAUCGACGAAACGCUGCUCCCUCCGCCCGGAGAGGCUCCAGGUGACGCCGAGAUCUCGCUCGCCGGAACCUUUGGAGUGCCAGAGGAAAACGAUCCAGAUCCCUACGGUGUCAGGGCCCUCGAGCGCGAAGGUGUCAUCAUCCGCGAAGCCGGCACCAAGCGCACUCCUACGCUCGACGUCUUUGACUUCCGGCCCAGUCCCACCAGCCCCAUCAGUCCAAGAUGGAGCAACAGAAGCAGCUGGCGAUCUAGCACCCAGAGCGCCAUGAGCACUGAUAAGGGCACACAGACCAAUAUCGACGAGCUUGACCGGGGCCGAAGUCCCUCGACGGCCAGCCACACUUCGUCUCGCUCCCACAGCAUCAAGGACGUUUCCUCCUCCAUACACGAACAUACCUCUGACACGGAACAUUCGUCCACAGGCGAGCCCGACCCAGCCUCGAUACCCAUCCCUGCAUCAUCAGCUACGUCCCGUGCACAGUCUAUAUCCUCUAAGGUUCCAGAAGCCAUUCCCGAGUCGUCUCUGCCUGAAUCACUCCCUGAAUCACUUCCUGAAACAGAGUUCUCUGUCGCAGUAGCCGAGCAAGCUAUCCCGCAACGAAUCAACUCCAAGAGCUCCCCCUUCGCUCGAGCAAAGCUCGUUACCAUUCCGAAACGAAACCCCCCUGCUCUGCCCGCCCGGAACCCAGGCCGAACACUAUCCACCGUCGCCACGCUCUCUGAAGCCAGAGACUCGGGCCUCUUGGCACUUAGCCUUGAAUCAGACACCGAUCUGCCUCAGCCGCUAGCAAGGGAAAUCUCUCAUGAAUCUGAGGUUUCUGAGGGAGCUACGAAACGCCGUGGAUCUAACCUUUCGUUGCAUUCACAUACGUCUCAUACGUCCAGGCGCACGUCUACCUCUCCCAAGUCGACAUCUCCCUUAUCAAAGUCUGUCUUUCUCGCAUCGGAGUCUGAUGCUUUCCCUGAGAUAGAUCCAACUGCCUCGAAACCUGCAUCUCCUUCCCACGCGGAAUUAGGCGUCAUAGAGGAGCCCACAGAAGAAUCCAAAGAGGAACCCAAAGAGAAACAUAAAGAAGAACCAAAGGAGAAAGAGCCCGAAAAAACUGUCGAGGAACCUUCUCUGGCCCCUGGCGCGUUCCCUUUAGACGACCAUCCUUAAACAUAUCCAUUCCUCUACUGUUACCGCCAUCAUUAUUUUCCUUAUCACCUACGACUACCCUUACGACCAUCUAGCUGUCUUUUAAUCUCCAAAAUUCUCAUCUAUACCAGAUCUACACUACAUUUGGUUUAAUAUACACCUUACAUUUCUGGCUUCUACUUCUGCUUCUUAUAUCCUAGCAAUGCGCGCUGGUCUGCUUCUGCUUUUGAUUUGCCUGUACGCUUUUUAAUCACAGCACCACUUGUGUUGUCUUUUCCCCCUCAUUUUUCUCUCACCCAGAAUAUACCUUUGUACCAUGCUACGAGAACGGAUUUGGAGGAGGGCGUUUUACUGUUCAUAUUCAGCUGUUUUUUUGUUUUAAGAUAUCCACCGGGGUUCUUCACUGCGUUUACUGUCUUUGCUGUUUUCGGCCUGACCUGCUGUUCCUGGAGUACCCUUUUUUUCUUUCUUCUCAUUCUGUCCUAUCCACCCUCACGCAGAAAUGUACUUUAAACCAUGCAUAUAUGAAACUCCGCUGUAUAUUUCUUCCGCAG